AUGGAAAGGCCGACGCUGCCGCCACGGCAGUUGUCACUCACAACCUGGUGCUUGGCACGACUUGAGGCGAAUGGCCUGGCGCUGGCCAGCGGACAUGUCCGAGCACGCGCCCACGAGUUUGAUGCCCACGAGCUGUCCAUGAUGGUGUGGGCUUUUGCCUCAAGGACGAAGGCAAAGGUGGAGGAGGACGUAGAUCACAAGGAGCUGGGAAACGUGCUGAUCAACGAAGCUUUGAGAAAACUUCCUGAAGCAUCCAUUGCCAAUCUGGGCAACUUGCUGUGGGCGAGUGCCACUCUCGGGGUCAACCUUACAAGCUUGGCAGCGGCAGCUGCCGUACUGAUGAGCAAGCCAUCGUUUAAGGAGGCGUCGCCCCAAGGAGUUGCUAAUAUGGCAUGGGCCUUGGCGAUUUCCGCUCUAAAAUCUGGAAGCUGCCAAGCAUUGACACACGCUGCCGAAAUUGCUUUGAGCCGCACUGAAGAGUUUCGCCCCAAAGAGCUGGCUGCUUUGGGAUGGGCCUUAGCGGCUUCCGCUCAGGAGGCACCAAAGACGCCAGAGAUGUGGCGGCAGGCGGCUCGUACUGCCCUUGAAGUGGCUUUGGAAGAGCCGCACACUGGCCGAGGUGGCCGGCUGCUGGCCCAGACAGCAUGGGCAUGUGCUUCGAUGCAGGCAGCGUCGCAACCGUUGUUGGAUAGACUGGCCAAUGCGCUUGCAUAUCACUGUGGAGGUAAGCAGCGCAUUUUGUCGAACCAAGACGUUGCCAAUGGCAUUUGGGCGCUUUCCAUAAUGUCAUGCCAAUCGCCAUCAUUGGAGGCGAUGGUGAAGGAAGCUGAGCUCCGAAUCCAGACCUUUGAAGCUCGACAGCUGGCAGCUUGUGCGUGGGCAUUGGCCACAACAAGGUAUCAAUCCAAGACCUGGUUGGAGGUGCUAGCUGCAGCAGCAGCAGCCACUAGCCAUAGCAAACUGCUGGGUGUCAGUGCCUGGGUCUUGGCGAGUUGUGAAGUGCCCAAACUGCUGGAGGCAUUGCUACCAAAUGCGGUGCAGCUCUUGCAAAACCCUGACAAAGUAUCAGCCGAGACACUGUUGCAACUUGCAUGGGCCAUUUCAUUCAGCGGCCUGGGAACAAAGCAGAGGCCGCUGCUGCUUCGCAUCGAAGACUUGCUACGCUUGGAAGGAAGGCGGCGGGAUGCUGCGAUCAGGGAAGAUCUCAGUGGGAUGGGCACAGUAGUUGAAGCCGAGACUGCAGAAGUGGCCGAGGCUGAAGCUCCCAGCAUCGUUUUGCAGGAGCAAGAUUUUGUGAUUGUCCACAAGCCAGUGCAUUGGGAGGUGGAUGAUGGGGACAUGAGGAAGCCGUCAGGACGACGACCCUUUCCACUAUCAAGAUUUUUGCAGCAGCGCUUCCCAAGCAGGUCCAUUUUGCAUGACGUCACCGUCGGCGGCGGCUUCCAGGGACGCUUGGAUGCUCAAUCUUCAGGUUUGGUGUUGUGCGCAUUGACCUACGAGGCAUUUCUGCUGCUUCAAUUCAGGCAAGACACUCAUGACGUGGCUCGGGAGUAUUUGGUGCUGUGCCAUGGCUGGAUGCCAGCUACUUUGAGAGAGGUCAGUGCACCCAUUUGGAGUAAAGAUGCUUCCAGUCUUGUGGACUAUGACCGCGGUGCACCUGCCAAAACUUUCUUGCAGCCAAUUGCUUGGUUCAGGAGAUCUGGUGAACAAGAUCUCUACAGUUUGGUUGUCAUCUCCAUUGUGACGGGAAGAAAGCACCAAAUUCGUUGUCAUUUGGCACAUGUGGGACAUCCAGUGGUUUGCGAUGGGCGAUAUGCCCCACAGGAUUUGCCCAAAGACUUGACUUGGUGCCCUCGGAAUUUUCUUCAUCGCUUUCGCAUUGAGCUUCCAGGCCUUGCCCUUGGCGACAAGGUGGUGGCCUGUGAUACUUUACCUGAAGACUUGCGGCAGGUGCUUUGUCGGCUCCUGCCUGCCAAUCAAGAUGCCAGUGCUGUUUUGAAGUCCCUAGCUGCUGGGCAGGCUCCUCUGCCGUUUGCGGACUGGAGAUGCCAACUUGGGGGAUCAAAAUCGUCCGCCCACCUUCACUUGGGACGAUUGAGAUUCAAGUCUUAA